CACUUUACACCUGCAGAACAACAACAAACUCCAGCUGCUUUGAGACAGAGAGUCGCACUUCAAAUAUCACGUUAUCUCUCGUAUUUGCAUUGGACGAAAAAGUGUUUGGAGCAAAAAUGUCUGAUAGCGAUCUGUUCCACCCCAGUCUGGCCAAGGAGAGGAGCAGACACAAGAAGAAGAGGCUGGUGCAGAGUCCAAACUCCUACUUCAUGGAUGUUAAAUGCGCAGGCUGCUACAAGAUCACCACCAUCUUCAGCCACGCUCAGACGGUGGUGCCAUGUGGGGGCUGCUCUUUAAUCCUCUGCCAACCAGCAGGGGGGAAAUGCAGACUAACAGAAGGUUGUGCCUUCAGAAAGAAAUACACCUGAGCAGAAAUGUGCAAAACAUCCAUGAAAGGAAGCAGAAGGGAAGAAUGGAGCAUGAAGAAAUGCGUCUAAGCCAAGUGUGUUAAAUCUUAAGUAGAGAAUCGGUAUCGCUCUGAGGUGGAGGGACCUACAAUGUAAAGUCAAUGGGAGGGACAUGUUAUUGCAUUGAACAGAGCAGGAGGGAUGAACUAAAUCAUAUACAUGCAGAGAUUCCAUUUGUUUAACUGAAUUAUAUAUAUAUAUAUAUAUAUCAGAUUGAUAUGAUGAAGCACUUAAUGACCUCGUGGAUUCAUCUUCUUAUUACAGACACAUGCAUUUCCUAACAUUCGGUCUAUAUGCUGUAAAACGUAUUAUCUCUUCGAUUUACACACGGCAUCUAUUGCACGUCUGUCCGUCCUGGGAGAGGGAUCCCU